UCCAGCUUGUGACUUCCAUCCUCCCUCCAGCUACAGGGCGACGACUCAGACAAGAGAAAAUGACUACACAGGAUGAGGUAAAGGCCCACAGAAGACUGCUUUGCCUUCCCAGUCUGUCUCCCAGCAAGCAAGAGAAGGAUGACCACAGAGAUUCGCGGGCAGCGCGAUGUUUCCAAGCCUAAACCCAGGAAACUGGCUCCCUGACAGCAGAAAAAAACGGUCCGGGAAACCUCCCUCCAGCUGACGCCCUCAACUAACCCAACACACCAACCGGAACCGCGUCACGUAAUCGCCGGCACCGAGAGGCGGGUCCGGAAGCCGUCUGUGGAAGCCGCCGCAGAGGAUUCUGGGGGAGUGUAGUUUUUGAGACCGAAGGCGGAGGGGACAGAAACUUCUCUGCAAACUUCUCUGCAUGGAUAAUCUUAGAAAAGAGGAGGGAGAGGCUGUCGCCACAAUGGCCAUUACCCGUGGCGGCCAAUGGGAGGCGCAGGCAGCGAGGGUUCGGGGGACUGUAGUUCUAGCAUAGAUCCGCGGUGGAUGGCUGUAUAGACCGAUCUCCCUGUCCUUAAGUGGCUCUGGUCCUGGCUGCAUGGAAACAAGAUGGGCUCUUACAAGAAAAGUUCAGAGAAGUCGCCCCAGGCAGCAGAAAUCAUCUUGAGAUGACUUAACUUCCAAUUGGCCCUCUGGAAGAAUUUUAUGGCAGACAUUGGCAUGACUCUGAGGCCAUGACAUUAUCAGAUCCUUCUGCCUUGGGAGAACAGGACUGGGAGAAGAUUUUGCCUUCAAAGAACAGGGAGGACAUGGAAACCAUGAAGGAAUUGACUCAAAAGCAUAAGACAAAAGGUCUGCCUUCUAAGGAUGCUGCCUGGCCCCAGGAGAAGAAGGAAAAGCCUGAAAUACUAGUACCAAUUACAUUCCAGGAUGUGACUGUGGUCUUCACAGAGGCAGAAUGGAAGAGACUGAACUCAGAGCAGAGGAACUUACACAAAGAGGUGAUGCUGGAGAAUUACAGGAAUCUGCUCUCGUUACGCUUAUGUGCAGAAAAUCAUUUCCAUCUAGAGGAUUCCAGCCUGGUGUAUGAGAAGCAGCAGGAACAGCAGUAUUCUGAUCAAAGCUACUGGAGUGAAGACACAGAAGGUCAAGAGAGAGAAGGCUCUGAACCUUUGUGUGGUAGCACAGUGGAGCGAGAGACUUCAAGGGCAUUCUCCAGCCCACCCCAAGGCCAGUCACCUUGCUCUAAAGAAGGCAACACAGUGGUUGUGAUAGAGCCCACCUCAACCCAAAGGGUAGAGCCUGUAGUAACAGACAAAGGAUUGAAGGACUUAGGAACCUCAGGAUUUAGAGCAAUCAACUGUAGAGAGUGUGAACCAGACUGUAGCUCAAAAUCAAACUUCAUUACACACCAGGGGACCCUCUCAGAGAAGUCCUAUGUUUGCAGUGAGUGUGGGCGAGGCUUUAAAGAUAAGUCAACCCUCAUCAGACACCAUCGGACCCACUCAGUGGAGAAGCCUUAUGUGUGCAGUGAGUGUAGCCAAAGUUUUAGCAAAAAGUCAUCCUUCAUCAGACACCAGAGGACACACUUAGGGGAGAAGCCCUAUGUGUGCAAGGAGUGCAGGCGAGGCUUUAGUCAGAAGUCAAACCUCAACAGUCACAAGAGAAUACACUCAUAAGAGAAGACUUCUUUGUGCAGGGUGUGUGGGCAAAGCUUAGAAACAAGUCAUUCCUCAUGAGACAUCAGUGGACUCACCCAGGGGAGAUGCCCUAUGUUUGCAGUGAAUGUGGGCGAGGCUUUAGUGGAAAGUCAUCCUUCAACAGACACCAGAUGACACACUCAGGGGAGAAACCUUAUGUGUGUCUGGAGUGUGGGCAAGGCUUCAGCCAGAAGUCAAAUCUCAUCAGACACCAGAGGACACACUCAUGAGAAGCCCUAUGUGUGCAGGGAGUAUGGGUGAGGCUUUUGCAAUAAGUCGACCCUCAUCAUCCAUGAGAGGUCACACUCAGGCAAGAAGCCUUAUGUGUGUAGUGAGUGUGGGAGAGGCUUUAACUGGCAAUCACUCCUCCUUAUUCACCAAAAGACACACUCAGGGGAGUAGCAUUAUAUGUGCAGGGAGUGUGGGUGAGGCUUUAAUCAGAAGUCAAGUCUCAAUAGACACAAGAGAAUACACUCAGAAGAGAAGCCUUAUGUGUGCAGUGAGUGUGGGCGAGGCUUUAGUGAAGAGUCAUCCUUUAUCAGAAACCAGAGGACACACUCAGGGAGAAGCAUUACAUUUGCAGGGAGUACGGGCAAGGCUUUAGCCAGAGGCCAAAUCUCAUCAGACACCAGAGGAUGCACUGAGGGGAGAAGCCUUGUGAAUGCAGGGGUGUGGACAAAGCUUUAGCAGUAAGUCACACUUCGUCUUACACCGGACACCUGGGAGCAGUCUCUAUGUGCAUAGAGCAUAAGUGAAGUUCCAGAGGUGUGUUGACCCUUGUCAGGCACCAGAGAACAUAUAUGGGAGAGGAGCCAAGUGCAGAGAGUGUGGGUAACUCUAGCCCUAAAUUGGUUCUUAUUUCACACAAGAGGACACACUAGGUAAGAUGUGUGCAGGACUGUGGGUGAGGCUUUAGCAGUAAGUCAGCACUCACAAACAUCCAAAGACACACUUCAGGGAGAGGUGUCAUGUUCAGGGAGUGUUGGUGAGGCAUUAGCUAAAGAACAAAUAUGGUCAGACAGAUGGGUCACUCAGGUUGGUGCUUUUUGUUUGCAGGAAGUGUGGGCAAGGCUUUUGUGAUAAGGCAGCCUUCUUCACAUACCAUAGGGAGAAUCCUAGUGCUGUGACGCUCUGCCUGGACAACCUUUUCAGGGCCACCACCUCCACUGCUGGAGAUGACAGCUGUUGAAGGCUCACAGGUGACCUCCGCCCUAGCGGUUGCUCUCAGCUACAGGGAACUACAUAACCUAGUGCUAUGCACCAUCCCAAGGAGUGGCUCCUGGCCAAUGACUGGUUGAUAUGGGGAGACAAAACCCCAACCCAUGACUCAACUGGGACAACUCCAAGGGGUCUUCCCAGGUGCAGAGCCCCCAUAGGACCGAAUGCUCUCUCAACAUUGCAGGCCAGCUUCUUCCUCCAUCCAGUCCUGCCCUUACUCCCCAAUAAACCCAUCAGUUCUCCAUCUCAUCAACUUUCCAGAAAAUCCAGUCUGUGGCAUCUUAAAUGUACAAGGAAUGUAUGGCUUUGGUGAUGAGUCACCCCUCGACAAACCCCAAAGGACAGAAUAGAAGCUUUCUAUGUACAGGGAGAAUGAGCGAGGAUUUAGGAAAUAGGCCUCAUUAUACACCUCAUCAUACAUCAGAGAAGAGCUUGAUGGGGAGAAACUGUACCUGGGCAGGGAGAAUGUGAGAUGCUUUAGCAGUAAGUUAUACCUCAUUUUGCACUGCAGGACAUGCUCAGGGGAGACCCAUGUGGGCAGGAUGGUGGGUGGAGCUUGACCCUGAAGUCCCUUCUUAACAGGCACAGAGAGGACAGAGUCACACUACCACAAACUACUGCCUCGUUUUCCUUUCUACUUUCUAGGCUCAGAUGGUUGACAACUCUGCUCUGACCUCUAUGUCCUGGGUCAAUAACUUUGCACUGGAGGGGUCCAUGUAGGUGCCGUAUUGGAAUUUGCCAGGGUUAUUUUUUAUCGUGGAUGCUGUGGUGUGCCACUCAGAACCCUCUUCAGGACCGAAGCACUUAUUCUCCCAGCUGCUGGGAAUGCUGGCUACUGAGUCCUCUCCAAGAAUUGCCCUG